GUUGACACCAACAAAAGGCAAAAUGUCAAUUUUUUGAUUUUGUGAGGAGCUGAGUUGCUAAAAAAUAAUUUAUUUUAUUAUAUUUCGUUAAAAUAUUUAUUCCAAUCUUAUAAAGAAACAAAUUUUAAACUACAAUGGAUGAUUUGCUGCUGGAUUUUCGUGAUUUCUCAUUGUUGGAAAUGUAUAAAUUCGAUGAUGAAAAAGUCUCAACGGUGACAUCCCGAGAACAGCAAAAGACAGAAAACUCUAUAGAAAAAUGUUUUGAUCGCUUUCUGCAACUGAGAUACUUGGAUGGUCUAAGAGUAACGAAAUUCUAUCGUGAAGAACACCAAAGAUUUCUGGAGUGCAUGCUGCAUAGGCUGCCGCCCAACUAUGAAUGCCUGGACAGUAGUAGGCCAUGGUGCAUAUAUUGGAUUUUACAGGCGGCCCAUGUUCUUAAUUUUACUUUUGCCCCAGAGACUUUGGAGCAGGUGGUGGCAUUUUUGGAAAAAUGUCGCCAUUCUCAAGGUGGUUUCGCCGGAGGUCCUGGCCAAUAUGCCCAUUUGGCCCCUACUUAUGCCGCGGUUAAUAGUUUGGCUAUGAUUGGCACACCUAGUGCAUUUCGAGCUAUUGAUCGUGAUUCCUUGGAAAAGUUUCUAUUUGCAGUAAGAGAGCCGGAUGGCUCAUUUCGCCUGCAUGUAGAUGGGGAAACUGAUGUUAGGGGAGCCUAUUGUGCUGUUUCAGUUGCAAAACUAACCAACAUGCCCGAGCCAACAUUGAAGAAAUUAUUCAAUAAGACUGGAGAUUGGAUAGCAAGUUGUCAGACCUAUGAGGGAGGUUUUGGUGGGGCCCCAGAUCUUGAGGCACAUGGAGGUUAUACAUUUUGCGGUAUAGCUGCCUUGGCUUUACUAAACGAAGGCCAUAAAUGUGAUCAGGAGCAGCUAUUGAAAUGGACUUUACAACGGCAAAUGGCGUAUGAAGGAGGUUUUCAGGGACGCACCAAUAAAUUGGUUGAUGGUUGUUAUUCAUUUUGGGUUGGCGCCACAAUUCCCGUUACCCAGGCCAUAAUGAAUAAUGAUGGAAAGCCCUUGGCCAAGGCCCUCUUUGAUGUGGGAGCCCUACAGGAGUAUAUAUUACUUUGUUGUCAAAAAUCAAAUGGUGGUCUUAUAGACAAGCCGGGAAAACCUCAAGAUCUUUAUCACACCUGUUAUACCUUGAGUGGCAUAGCGAUUGCUCAGCAUUCUGAAUCUGCCGAAAUGCCAGCCGUCUUGGGAGAUCCUGCAAAUGAACUACAACCCACUCAUCCAUUGUUUAAUGUACCUCCUGAAGCUGUAGCUCAUACUACACAUUUCUACCAACAAUUAAAUAAUCUGCGUGCAUUUGCGCAAAAAGAGCAAAACGGUGAUGGUGAUGAUGUUGCUAAUGGAGAGACAUCUUAAAGGAUAUCAAAUCACUAGCCCCUAGGGUACAAACUCUCUCACACUUUUUUAUAUGAUAAUAAGAAACAGAAAUGUUAAAUAUUUUUUACCUACAUACAUUUUAUUAAUAUUAUUAUAUAUAUAUUGUACUUUUUGAAAGAAAAUUGGAAAUACGAACUCUCUAAAAUGCACCGAAGUAACAGAAUGUCCUUUUAAAUUUAAAACCCAUAUAGCAUUAAAGUGUGUGAUAUACAUAAAUGUUAU